AAGCAGCAUGUCAGCUCCAUUGGCGAGAGGUAAUAAAGUAUCUCGCGGAGACUUUUGGUCAGUUUGCCAAGGACUAAGGUCAACGACUAGCAUAUUCAAAUUAGCCGUUCGUGCCGACGAGUGCGAGCGAACGGAGAAAGAACCACGGAGAGCGUUCACCCUUACCAAGUCUGCGAUACAUAUUAUUUGAGUUGUGAAUUCUCGAGCGCCCCUCGUCGCCUGACUGUUUCUAUAAGGUUUUUUUGCGAGAGAGCUUUGGUCAGCAGCAAGGUCAUUAAUUUUCUAAACCCUUUAUUACUUGACAAAAGAAAAUGCAAAUUUAAAAGGUCAAGAUUAAGUCAUGACAUGAAAUUUCAAAAGGUGAAGGUGAAAAUUUUUAAAUAUAUUUUUUAAUAUUUUUAUUAAGUAUUUUUAGAGCCAGAAAUUUUUACAAUUUGAAAAUUUAUUAGAUUUUCUUAAAAGCAAUCCGCAUAUUUUGUUUUAAGAAAAUUAGUUAAAUUGUGCUUUUUCUUUUAAAUGAAACAACCAAAUCAAAAGUUUCUUUUAUAAUUUUUUUUUACAAAAUUUAGCUUUGAAAAAAAAUAAUUUCACAAUUAAAGUUUUUCCCUUUCUGUUAAACUACGCCCUGACACAGAUUAACAACUCUGCCUGGCUUCGAUAAAAAACUGAACACGUGCUGUGCACAUCAAAUGCAUCGCGUUCAGUAAAACUCAGUCAGCACUAAUUGCAGCCACAUCAACCAACAUAAUUGCAACUGUCACGUUUCCGUGCGAAAAGCCUAUAGCACCACCCUAUGCUGUUCUGCGGGUUGCAUAGCCGACCGAUUCGCAGGCGCCCCGAAGUAAGGAGAGUGAGCUCGCGUUUCCUUAAUGAGAACUGAGCGUGUGUUACCUACUUUCUUGCAAUGCGCCUCCAACCGACACCCUCAUGACGCCGUCGAUCACGGCGAUAAUUUCAUUUCGAAAACAGCACCGACACUCAUUGCCCCUCGGACAUAUAAAAACUUCUAGGAAUAUCAGAUGAGUCGCCCAAUGAGAGCCAAGGUUGGGAAACGAAUAAAUGUGACUCGAGGUGACCUAACUGCGCGAUAAUGAAUAAUGCAUUUGUCUUGAUGAUUUGUAUAUUUUGAUCAGUAAAAACGUCAUUUUUUCACCAUUCACUAUUUUUUCUAAUUAAUUUAAUAAGCACCUACAAGUUGAUAAUACGUCGAUACUUUUACAAGUUUGAAGUUAAUUUUUUUACCAGAUUUUUGUUUCAUAAAAAUAUCCUCUUUUUGUGUGAAGUUUCAUUUUAUUGCUAGACUUGAUAUAUUUUUCAUUGAUUUUAUCCAUUCUUAAUUAAUUGAUUGAAAAUAACCCAGUUAAACGAUGGCGUUCAUCGUCGAACGACAGAUUAGCCCACCUCUGGAAGAUAGGAAUGUCAAGGUGGAAUUGUCACGAGCGGCGGCUCUUGACUCAAUUCCACGCGAAGAGCCAAAUACAUCUGAUCGAAAUUGUGACGUGUGCAAUUCAAACGCAUUUAUACCCACAACCCAUCCGUUUGCACCAAUGUUUCCGUGACAAAGCCGGCGGUCGGAGAAACCCGCGUGCUACAUUUGGGUCUGCAGUCACGCGGCGGAUUGCACGGAGAGGGAUGAGAAAGAGAGCGCUGGCCAGAGGGUUUGGCUGCCCUUGUUUCCAUGGAGUUGAAAGCCUCCCCUCUAAAACAAAAGUCUGGCAAGAAGCUCGCUCGGCUCCUCGAGUCAGUCACGAUGCUGGCGCCAACCCUUGUGCUGGUCUUGCUCGGGGUGGGUUUGGGGGCUCGGCCACGCGAGCCCCCCGUCGUCGCCGUGCCGGGGCAGGGGCCCGUGGCGGGGGUCGAGGUGGCGAUUUCGCGCUCGCAGAAGGGCUCCCUCUACCUGGCCAUCCCGUUUGCCCAACCACCCUUGGAGGACCUCCGCUUUGCACCUCCGCAGACCGACCCUUUGCCGACGUGGACGGAAAAAAGGACCCCCACCGGACCGGCCCCUGCCUGCCCCCAGACGGGAGAGGUCGAGUACGAGAAAUUGGCCACCUCGCUCUUCGGAGCGCCAAUUGCUGACCAGAGCGAGGACUGUCUGUACCUGAACGUCCUAGUGCCAGAUGGAAAUCCGCCAGGUGAUGGAUGGCCCGUAAUGGUUUGGUUCCACCCCGGAAUGUUUCAGGCCGGAUUCGCCACACAGUGGGACGCUUCAGCUAUGGCCAUCAAGCACAAGAUGAUCGUGGUGACCGCGGCGUACCGGCUGAACAUCCUCGGUUUCCUCACCACCCUGGACUCGAACUGUCCCGGCAACUUCGGUCUGCACGACCAGGUCGCCGCCCUGGACUGGGUGAACGGCAAAAUCUCGGCGUUCGGCGGCUCCGUCAACAACAUCACCAUCAUGGGCUACGGGUCUGGUGGUGUUAGCGUCGGCCUCCACCUGAUGUCACCGUUGUCUGAGGGCAAAUUCCAGAAGGCGAUCGCGAUGAGCGGGAACGCCCUCGUGCCCUGGGCCGUCAAGAAGUACGAGACGGAGAAAAUGAAGCUGCCCAUGGUGGCCGAGAGCUACGGAUGUCCCAAGUCGACCGCCACCAACUCGGCCAAGUUGCUCGAGUGUCUGCGAAAGAUCGACGCCACGACCCUGGCCAAAACAGCCUCGGAAAUUGGAAUGUGGGGACCCGUGGUUGAUGGUCCGUUUGCAAACACCAGUUUCCUUCCGCACUACCCUGUAGACAUGCUGAGGGAAAACAAGGCCAAGACCAUGGUGCCUCUGAUGCUGGGCUACACGAAUAUGGAGGAGGCAAUGGUCUUUGCCGCCAUGAACAUGGACAAGGGGCUUGACCGGGGUCAGUUUGAGGCCACCAUGCUCGAGCACAUCUCCUCCGAACUCAACGACGCCAACAUGACCUGCACCAACGAGCAGUCCAUCCUGGACUCUGUACUUUUCUACUACAGUCCGCAGCCGAUGGGCGACGACUCGAUGGCCUUGAGGCAGCGGCUGAUGGACUACGCCGUGGAGAAGAAAUAUGCCUCUGGAGCUUAUUUGCAAGCAGUCCACAACAGUAGACACAGCCCGACCUAUUUAUACCGUUUCGACUACAAGAUGAAAACCAACCUGGUGGACGCCGUCCCUGACUGGGCAGACGUGCCUCACCUCUUCGACCUUCCCUUUGUCUGGGGCAUGCCCUACUGGCCACCUGCCGUCACACAGCAGAAAAUUGUUUGGAACAGUGCAGACAAGAAGAUCACCGAUGUCAUCAUGACUCUGUGGGCCAAUUUUGUCCGGACGGCCAACCCUGUUCACGCGGGGGUGGUGGUCAAGUGGGAGGCCUUUGCGGAGGACAGUCCAAGCAUCCUGCUGGUGGACACCAAGUUCAAUAUCAGCGACGCCAACAACUUCGACUACCGUUCCUUUUCCUUCUGGAACGACUACUACCCUAAAGUGAUGGAACACGCCUCGUCCUGCUGCAACAUCAGCAGUUCAGCCGUUCCCGUCGGACAUCAAUGGACGCCAUUUGUCCAUGGUGCCAAUCGGCUGUGGACUGUCGGACCUCUGGCAACCACCCUUCUCGCCGCCAAGUAUUUGCCAACCUGAUUAUGAGAGUAAGUACAAAUCGGUGGUGGUGCGCUGCUUGUGGGCAAUUUUAUCACAAAAACUAAAAUAAAAUUUAGGGUGAAUGUGUGAAUGAAAAUAUAAAACAAUAACUGAAAAUGUGGAGGUGCUUCAGGAAGGAGCAACAUCUCAUCCAAUCUCAUCAGGUUUAAAACAGACAAGAUCUAUAUACGUGAAAAAAUCAUGUUAUUCAAAUAUAAAAAGUUGCUUGCGUUUUUUUUUUUUUUAAUUUUUAAUUUUUGACUUUAUUUUUUAUUUAAAUAUUAAAAAUUAUUAGUUUAAUUUUCAUCAAUUUUCAAAUAUGAUCUAGAUGUUUUUAAAUGUGAGUAAACCUACUGUACACUUUUUUUUAAAUUCAAUCGAACAUGCCACUUGACAUUUAUAUACACAAACUAAGGGUCCAGGUAUGCUAAUUUUUAUUAGAAUUGAAAUAAAAAUGAAUGAAUCGUAAAAGUGUAAAAUAGCCAAUAUUUCACUAGUUGAAAUUGGAGGUGUCUUCAAGAAAUUUGUACAUAAGAAAUGAUAAUCAAAUAUUAAUGCACUACAUGAAAUUGGGAGAAACUGAAUUUUAAAUUUUAUCGGCGCACUAAUUUAUAUGAAUUGUCGCAAUCAUGCUCAAAUAAUUAGUUCAUUGAUGGUGCUUCGAUAAUUUAUAACAAUAUUAAUGUUGACCUUUAUGAAGUUUGGAUAGCAGCAAAUAAAAAUCAAUAAGGUGCAACUCUAACAUCAACAUUUCAAUAGUUUAUUUCUCUCUAGUAUUUCGUUUGCUCUCCACAGGUUUAUUUCAAUCAAUCACAAUACGCUUAAAUUUUUUACAGUUUUCACGUUAUUUGUCAAUAAAACAUCCAUAUAUUUAUUCCGCGCAAUGCUGAGAUAGUUAUCAUAAAGCUGUACAUUUUUUCAUUACAAUGCUGAGUGACAAUGUAAUAAUUAAAAAUUUUGAUUCUCUGAAGGUUAAUCAUAUAUUAAAAUCGGUGAAGUAUAUUAUAAAUAAUUGCUAAA